UAUUUAGUAUAGAGAACCUUGUGUUGCGUAUACCCGAAAUACCAAAUGUCAAUUUAAUAAUUCCAUGAAUGUUUUACGAACAAAAUUCUAAAAUAACAUUGAACAAACUUCUCAUAUCGUCCUCGACACCAAAAGACGAUGUCGCGGUUACGUGUCGAUGAAGAAACCAUAGUGCAAAUCUAUCCCGAAAAGGACCAGCAUAAAUGCGGAUACUGCAAAAGUGAAAAUGGAAGCACAACUUACGGCAUGUCAGCACUUAACAUGACUGUGGUUGACUAUCAGGACUUAAUUGACAGAGGUUGGAGACGUUCGGGCAAGUACUGCUAUAAGCCUGUGAUGCAUGAAACCUGUUGUCCACAAUAUACAAUAAGGUGUGAUGCUUUAAAUUUAAUUAUGAGCAAAUCCCAAAAAAAAGUGAUUAAAAAGUUUAAUAAGUAUUUGACUGAUGGAGCUUUACCAGUCACAAAUUCAAAAGAUGAGAGUGAAGGUGUAAAUGAAGAUGUUGUAAAAGAUGUGGAGAUGAAUGGGAUUUUCACUAACAAAGUUGUUAAUGAGAAGCCUUUUGAAAUCCCUGAUGUGCAAACUGAAGUUGCGUCGACAUCGAAAAAGAGCGCUAAUAAAAUUAUAGCCUCCACCAAAGUGGAAAAACCGAAACCGAUAAAGAAAGGUCUGGGGGCGGAUUCUACGCGACCGCCCUGCAAAAAAGCAAAGUUGCUGCGAUUAGAGCGUAAAAAAGAGAAACUUCUUAGCCACGGAAUGAGUUUAGAAAAACUCUGUGCAAACGACGAACAAAAGAGUCUUGAGCAAUUCAUUGAGGAUGUUCCUAAGGAUGUUUUACACAAACUAAUUAUUAAAUUGGUUCAGCCGAAUAAACGGAAAAACGACGACGAUUGGACUAAAACUCAAAAGAUUGAAGAGGAUUUGUAUACGAAGUACCAGACAAUCGUCCAUAACGAUCCCGCAGAAAAAGCAAGGAGAAGCUUCGUCCGCUUCUUAGUUGAUUCACCUCUAAAUCCCGAACCAUUUCCGGAUAAUAAAAAAGGUCCGGGUUACGGAUCUUUUCAUCAACAGUACUGGAUAGAUGACAAACUGAUCGCUGUUGGUGUCAUCGAUAUUUUACCUAAAUGUGUUAGUUCUGUAUAUUUCUUCUAUGAUCCGGAUUUUAGGGGACUCACUCUUGGAACAUACGGAUCCCUUCGGGAACUGUACUUUACAAGAUCAUUAAGUAAAACAGUACCGGAAAUAAAUCAAUAUUAUAUGGGUUAUUAUAUUCAUACCUGCCCAAAAAUGCUUUACAAGGGCAAAUUAUCGCCAUCCUAUCUUUUAUGUCCUGAAACUUAUAAAUGGUCACCACUAGAAACCUGCAUACCGAAAUUGGACGUCAACAAAUACUCCAGACUGAACGACGAUACUAAUGACACAGAUUCAGACUGUUGUAGAGAUGAAGAUAUAAAUAAAUCUAUUAUUUGGAUUUUGCAUAAACAUAUGCUUACUUAUUUUGAGUUAGCCAAGGAAUAUGGAGAUGAAUAUGCCAACUUUAUCAAGUUAUUUGGUAGAAAAUGUUGCAGGAGAAUUAUUGUUCUCCAAGAUUGAUUUUAUCUGCUUAUUUAUUUGUACAUUACAUACAAUAUAUACAUUAUAAAUUA